GAAGCGCACUAGUGUUCUCGUAAAUAUAGAAUAGGUAUAGACCCUUAAGGUAUUUAAAAAAAUCAAGAUUUGUUUUUAUGUAAUUGUAAAUAAUGAAUUGUUUCAUACGCUAAAGAAUGAAAACAGUCAAUAGAAUGUCUCAUAACUAAAGUUGCGCGUAAUAUUGAAAAAAAACCUUUAUCAUCAGUGUUGAUAUCUUUGAAUUAUUUUCCACGAAUAACUUUCCACCACACCAUCAAUUGCACGUCAACGGUAGCAGACGGUUUUUAACCAAUAAUUCAGCUGGAUUGAGUAUUUUUAAAAUCCGUCUCCAAGUUACAACACUAUUUUCUACCAAAACAAAACGUCAAAGUCGAGAGUUCUGGAAUUUAGCCUACUUUAUAAUAAAAUAUCGAAACCUGUUUAUUAAUUACGUUUAACAAUGAGGACAGCAGUUAUUUUGUUAAUUAGUGUCUUUGUCACAAGUACUGUCAUCGCUAAUGCAUACUAUCAAAAAAAACAGUUCUAUCCUUCAGUUGUCUACAUAACCAAAUCAAAUCCUAGUAUGGCUGUGAUGUAUGCUCAAGGACUGAUAUUUGUUUUUAUGACAAACACAUUUCUUCGAAAAAUAUUUUUUGGUAAUCUACGUGCUGCUGAACUCGAGCACCUUGUAGAGAAAGCAUGGUAUGCUGUAACUGAAACAUGUUUAGCCUUUACAGUGUUUAGAGAUGAUUUCAGCCCAAAAUUCAUAGCAUUGUUCACUUUGCUACUAUUUCUCAAAUCUUUUCACUGGCUUGCUGAAGAUAGAGUCGACUACAUGGAGAGAAGUCCGGUGAUUACAUGGUUGUUUCACUUCAGGGUUGCGACUCUUCUGCUUCUGUUAUCUUCGAUCAACUUAACAAUGAUUGAAUACGCAUACAAUUCAACUAUUAUGAAAGGUGCCUCAGUCCAAUUAGUAUUCGGCUUCGAGUAUGCAAUACUAUCAACUGUAGUUCUUAACAUAACCAUAAAAUAUAUUCUUCAUACAAUUGACUUGCAACGCGAAACUCCUUGGGAAAGCAAACCUGUAUUUUUACUGUAUACUGAGCUAGUUAUCGGCCUCAUCAAGGUUAUUCUAUAUGUGGCUUUCGUAUCUGUGAUGGUAAAAUUAUAUACACUCCCGCUAUUUGCCCUGCGACCGAUGUACUUCACCAUGCGAAAUUUCAAAAAAGCUUUCCAGGACAUUGUAAUGUCUAGAAGAGCAAUUAGGAACAUGAAUCUGUUUUACCCUGAUGCUACUCCUGAAGAGUUAGCAGCUGCCGAUAACGUCUGUAUAAUCUGCCGAGAAGAAAUGAUUGCAGCGAGUAAAAAACUUCCAUGUAAUCAUAUCUUUCACACAGUUUGUUUGCGAUCAUGGUUUCAACGUCAACAGACUUGCCCAACAUGCCGUUUGAAUAUUUUAAGAUCAGCUUCAGGCAAUGCUGAUGGUCGUCAACGAGAGCAAGCCCAAGGGGAGGUACCUACUUCUCAAUCUAUUCAAGCACCUACGAUUAAUCAUCAAGAAACAGAUCCUGAGAGCAAUGCGUCUACGUCAAGAACAAGAAUGGUCGAGGGUGCUACCUUUGUAACGGCAAAUAUGCCGCUUUACACACCACCAUUCCCAUCUGUUGUUCCUUUACCAAUAGUGCCAACUCCACUACCCUACCUCAGUACGCUAAACGAAGAAGAGCUUCGUCAGAUGGAAGGUAACUUGAGACAAGCGGUUGAAGCUAGGAUUCAGACUCUCCAAAGAGUUCAACUUCUUCUCGACGCAGCCAAUGUGAUGAUGAAUCAAUAUCAAAGUGCAGCAAGUCUCUCAAGUUCUUCAGCAGCUCCUACGGAUAAUACUGUUCAAGCAGUAUUUCAAACAACCCAAAAUUUGAACCAAGUUCCAGAACCAACUACAAGGUCACUCAGUGAUACGAUGGUUUCUUCGGAAAACGUCGUUGAAGACUUGGAAUUGAGAACGCCGAGUGAAACUGAUUCUAAUGCAUGUAAGGAUAAUAGUAUAGCAUCUUCUUCAACCUUAGAUGCCAGGCAAGAACAAAACGACGAAGCAUCAAUUUUGAGGCGAAAAAGAUUACAAAAAUUCGCCGUGCCAUUAACAACUAAUUAGCAUGAUUUAAUUGAUAAUGUUAUAUAAAAUAUUCACUCAUAAAUUUUAAGGGUUCAUUUUUAUGAUUGUUAUAAAGUACUUUAAAUAAUCGGUGACUCAAAUCUAAAAUAUCAGCAGCAAAACUUUCAACACAUGCGGCUACUUUUACUAAAUUCUUCAUUCUACGAUUAGUGUAUUUUCUGAUACUCUGUUAAGUUUGAACUGUUGUAAAAUAUCACAACCUCUGUACUUUUUUCAGUAAUUCACCUGAGAUUUAACAAUUUAUAAAUACAAUUUCGUUUUCUUCUUC